AUGUACACUUUCUUGACGUCUUCAGAUCUUUUUAUAUUCUGUCUUAUCCUCUUAUCAAGAAAAUCUUCUGCUGCUGAUUAUUGGCAUGAAGAAUGCCAGCCAAAGAAUUGUGGUAAUGGCUUAAACAUAACUUUCCCGUUCUAUAUUCAAGGUGUUCAAGAAUCUUACUGUGGUUACCCCGGAUUCGAGCUCAACUGCACUAAAGGACACGGCUACCCAACAAUUAGAUUACCGGGAAAUGACUAUAUAGUCGAAAACAUUUCCUAUUCUAGUCGUUCUUUUCGUGUUUAUAAUUCUGCUGUUUUGAACACUUCGAACCGUACAUGCCUUCCACAAAUCAGAAACACAACUCUUCCUACCGCGUUCAAUUAUGCUAAUGUAACAUUGCUGUAUUUGUUGUCCAAUUGUACUAAACCCCUACCUGACGAUCUUUCGAGGUACCAGGUUUCUUGUGGGAGUGAGAAUAGAGAUGAUUGGGAUCUAGCAAUACGGGAUAAGGAUGAGAAUUCGCAGAAUGGAUUGGAAAACUGCAAAAAACACGUGGUGGCACCUGUGGAUGCGCAUGGAGAUGAUCAUGAGAAUGGAAUGGGAAACUAUAUGAAGAUAAUUAGAAGGGGGUUUGUGCUGAAUUGGACGGCCAGUGACUGCAGUAAAUGUCAAGAAAGCGGUGGCGUCUGUGGCUUUAACACCAGUGUUUACCAGUUCAAGUGUUUCUGCCCCGACAGGCCCCAUAGCGUGAGUUGCAUGCCUGUCCCUUCCGGACUCUGGUAUAUUAAUGAACAUGCAGAAUUAGGCAGCGAUCUCUUCUUUUGUUUCUGCUUUGACCUUGAUCCACUCCAAAGACAUGGGGAAGAUACCCAACGAAUCUCCCCUCCACCACAUGUCGUGGAAGGAGCCAUCAUCCCAGCAAUGGAAGGAAAAACAUUAAGCUUCUGCAACUUUUUAGAAAUCCCUUUAGAAAUCUUUGACUCCCCGUUAACCAAUAAUCCAUAUUCAUCGAAAGAAUAA